AUGUCGAACCAAGGCUACUACCAAGGCGGUCCUCAGUACCCACAGCAAAGCUAUGGUCCCCCAGGCGGCGGCUACGGCCAACCCCAACAAUACGGCGCUCCACCACCACAACAACAGAUGUACUACGGUCCUCCGCAAGGACAGUACCAACAGGCACCUCCACCAAAGCAGAAGAAGGACAGAGGAUGCUUGGCGGCUUGGUGA